AUGUGCACUAAUUUUCAAACUGAAGAAAUGAAUGCGCUCUCUACCGUCGGAGUCGAUGGACAAGUAGCCAUUUCGAUGGUCGAUUAUGGUGGUUUUAACGCUUUGAACACAUUUGUCAGCGCUGCAUCGGCCACUGCCGCUAAGCUCACAACUGAUUUGACUCAAUUACCAGUUUUUGGAAAUGUCUCGGUCUCACAAUCGCUUGUUGACAAACAAGUUUAUCUGCGCUGUGGAUACGACAUUUAG